AGAGAACCGAAACAAACAAGGGGAAGAAAAUAACAGCAAAAAGUAGCAGCUCCACGGAGCUUAUCUCGGCAUCAGAGUCCCUCUGAUUAGCUUCAACCCAGAGAGUAACUCCAAUGGGGGAGGAAGAAAAGAAACCAGAGGAGAAAAUACCUGAGACAGAAGAAAAGAAGAAAGAAGAAAAGCCAGAAGAAGCCAAACCAGCGGAGAAACCGGAAGAACCGAAAGAAUCCAAAACCGAAGCUGCUCCACCACCGCCACCGCCAGAGAUUGUGCUCAAAGUGUUCAUGCAUUGCGAAGGUUGCGCUCGCAAGGUUCGUCGCUCCCUCAAACGAUUCCCAGGAGUUGAAGAUGUCGUCACUGAUUGCAAAUCUCACAAGGUUGUUGUUAAGGGUGAAAAAGCGGAUCCAUUGAAGGUUUUGGAGAGAGUACAGAGGAAGAGUCACAGACAGGUUGAGCUUCUUUCUCCGAUCCCCAAACCUCCCGAGGAGAACAAAGCCCAAGAAGAAGAGAAGCCCAAGCCCAAGCCCGAACCCGAAGAGAAGAAAGAAGAGCCUCAGAUUGUGACGGUUCUGAAAGUUCACAUGCAUUGCGAAGCUUGCGCCCAGGAAAUCAAGAGACGCAUACAGAGAAUGAAGGGAGUGGAAUCAGCAGAACCGGAUCUGAAGAACUCGGAAGUGAGCGUGAAGGGCGCGUACGAUCCUGCGAUGUUGGUUCAAUACGUGUACAAGCGAACUGGGAAACAGGCAAUGAUAGUGAAGCAAGAGGCGGAGAAGAAAGAGAAAGUGGAAGAAGCGAAAGAAGGGAAAGAAGAGGAAGGUGAGAAAGAGAAGAAGGGUGGUGAAGAGGAGGAAAAGAAAGAGAAGAAAGAAGAAGAAGAAGGAGGAGGAGGAAAAGGAGAAGGGAAAGUAGAGGAAGAGGCAGCACCUGGUGAAGAGAACAACAAGGUUGGAGAGGUGAAGAUAAACGAAUACUUCUAUAACCCGCCGAGGUAUGGGAUGGAGGUGUAUGCAUGCCCAGCAUCAGUAGUGUACCCUGCUGCAUAUUACCAACAGUACCCACCGCAGAUGUUCAGCGAUGAGAACCCAAAUGCUUGCAGUGUGAUGUAAAAAGGGAGGAAUGUGAGGGGUAAUGUGGGGAUUGGAUUAGGGAUAACUGUGAAGUUUGGGUGGGCAAUGCCCUUUCCUAGCUCCGUUACUUGUGCCCACUGUACUAUUUCUGUUUAAAAGUACAAGUAUAAUCGACGCAUAAGC